CAGGUGGCGCUGUGAACCGUGUUCAACUGUAUGUUUACAUCCGCGUCAACAUGGCGGCGGCCGCCGGACUGAUCCUGCCCGGUGACGGGAUCAUGAUCGCGGGUAAACUCUACUCGGGUGUCGCGCUCACUCUGGAGAACUGCCUGCUGCCUCCCGAGAGCGUGCACUGCAGCCCAUCGCGCGCUCACGGACUGUCCGCGCGCACGGAGGAGCAGCUACGGAUCCGGAUGUGCGAGAUGAUCCAGAACGCGGGAGUUCUUCUCCGCCUGCCUCAGGUCGCCAUGGCAACGGCCCAGAUCCUGUUCCACCGGUUCUUCUACUGUAAAUCGUUCGUGAGACACUGCGCUGAGACGGUCGCCAUGGCGUGUCUUCAGCUCGCGUCUAAGAUCGAAGAGGAGCCGCGGCGAGUGAGGGACGUCCUGAACGUCUUCCACCACCUCAAGCACGCCGCGGGAAACAGGCUCGUCAGCCCCCUGCUGUUGGACGAGGUGUACGUCAGCCGCAAGAGUCACGUGAUCAAAGCGGAGCGACGCGUCCUGAAGGAGCUCGGCUUCUGCGUCCACGUCAAACACCCACACAAGGUGAUCGUGAUGUAUCUUCAGGUUCUGGAGUGUGAGAAGAACACCAGACUGCUUCAGAUAGCCUGGAACUACAUGAACGACAGCCUGAGGACUGAUGUGUUUUUGAGAUUUAGCGCUGAAACAGUCGCGUGUGCGUGUAUCUUUCUUUCUGCAAGAGUAUUACAGAUCCCUCUGCCUGACCAGCCGCCCUGGUUCUCGUUGUUCGGGACGUCAGAACAGGACCUGAUUGAGAUCAGCUGCUGUAUCCUGCGGCUGUACACACUGCGGUGCGAGUCGCUGACGGCACUGCAGCAGCAGGUGGAGGAAUCGCGUUUAAAAUUGGACGCUCAAUACCACACGAGUAAACCAGGAGGGCCGGCGUCCGCGACCGACACCCCGACCCGUGAUCCGGCAGCCGGUUUCUCUCCUGCGUCUAAAGCUGCGUCUCCUGCAGAAAACCAGAAGAAUCACGAAUCUCCGCUGUCUCAUCUCGCCCUCAAAAACGUCUGUCGAAAGAUCACCAGCCGAGACGGUAGGAAUCGUCUGAGUCGCAGUGAUGAAAGACGAAGCAUCCCGUCGCCCCCCAGACGCAGGCGCAGUCGUAGCGUGACCUCUCCAUCGCGGCCUGUUUCUCCUGGACGCUCGAAGUCCUACAGACACCGGCAGAGGGAACGCGAACGAGAGCAGAGAAAGGGACGUUCAUCUCACAGGAGAUGAUGUCAUCAGGACCAAGAUGGAGCGGAUGUUGUGUUGGGUUGAUAUAUAUGUGGUAACUGUGGUGAUGAGGGAAUGAGGUCACCGAGACGUCACCGAGAGAAGCUUCAUAAAUGCUGGAAAAACCUCAAGCGCUUUGAUCGCUCG